AUGUCCUGUCCCAGGUACCUCCUUCAGUACCAGGAGCCCAUCCCGUGUGAGCAGCUGGUCACGGCCCUGUGUGACAUCAAACAAGCCUACACCCAGUUUGGGGGAAAACGUCCCUUCGGAGUCUCUCUGCUCUACAUGGGUUGGGACAAGCACUAUGGGUUCCAGUUGUACCAGAGUGACCCCAGUGGGAACUUUGGAGGCUGGAAGGCCACAUGCAUCGGUAACAACAGUGCUGCGGCGGUCUCCAUGUUGAAGCAGGACUAUAAAGAUGAAGAGAUGACCCUGUCCUCUGCUCUGAUCCUCGCCGCCAAAGUCCUCAACAAAACCAUGGACGUCAGCAAGCUUUCUGCCGAGAAAGUGGAGAUCGCCACCCUGACACGGGAAAAUGGAAAGACGUGCAUCAAGGUCCUGAGGCUGAAGGAGGUGGAGGAGCUGAUCAAGAGACACGAGGCCAAGGAGGCAAAGGCAGAGAAGGACAAGAAAGAGAGAAAACAGAGAGAGGACGACAAGUAGUCGUUGUUCUGACAGCUGCAUGUAUGUGUGUGUGUGUGCCGGUAUUUUCCUGUUUUUCAGUUUCCUUAAAUAAACUCAAAUAUCUAA